AUGAAACUAAAGGUUGUUGUGGAGAAGCCGGUCGAGCUUCGCAAAUGUCUCUCGUUUCUCGUUGGACUGCGACGGAUGUGUGUGUUUCGCUUCACCGAGCAGCAAUUGAUCAUAGUGUCUUCUGGACUCAACGAACCCACUAUCUGGUGUAAGCUUGAUUCGAGCAUAUUCCAACUUUACGAGGUGGACUCGACACGCAACAACGUGAUCCCGUUUGAGAUCAACAUCGAGCCUCUGCUGCAGGUGCUACGCAAUUACGAGAAGUCCAAUGUCUCCAGCACAGAUCUCGAUGACGUCGAACGUGAGCCAUUCGUUCAACGUGCCUGUGCGUCUGCUCAAGAUGGACAGCGAUCUGCGGAUCGUGGAGCCGGCAAUGGACAGCAUGAAGCUGGCGAUGAAACUGCCGAUGAGGAUCGUGCCUUUGCUCAAACGUCUGGAGCGCUACCGGACGUCGGACCUGAUAUCCAUUGUGGGAAAUCAGACCGGCCAGCUGAAGUUUGUCAUUGA